AUGCUUGAUAAUGACAACAACAGAUCCCAUGCGGGAUCACCGUUCACAGGGCUAGAGGAGCUGCUCAUCACCGACUGCAGUGAGCUAGAGAGCUUUCCUGACCACAUAGGACACCUGCUGCCGUACCUUCGCACGCUGACCGUUCGCAAGUGCCGUUCUCUCAUCUGCUUGCCCAAAAGUUUCGCUUCUCUCAGCCGAUUCGAAGCUCUCAUAUUUUACAAAUGCGAUCUUUUUACCUUACCCAGCAACUUCGGUGAUCUGCCUGCACUCAAACUGCUGGUGCUGGCACUGUUGCCUCUCUUUGAACUCCCUCCUUCCUUCUGCCAUCUCACGUCUCUCGAGGCACUCUUUCUAGUCGGAUGCAACGACCUUCGCCGGCUGCCAGCAGGGUUCUACGGCCUCACAGCUCUUAAGGCUUUUUGCAUCACCGCACAGGCUCUUGCCUUGCCAGAAGACAUAGGGGCCCUCACAAGUCUCAAGGCUCUUAGCCUACGGGAGUUGAAGGUCCAAGCCAGUUCAAUCCGCACGCUUCCCAUGUCACUCUCACGGCUUACUGGACUUCAAACCUUGGAGAUGAGUGCUUGCAACGAGCUCUCAGAAGUGCCGUCGAGGCUGGAUAUGCUCGUGGGGCUUAAGACGCUGGAGUUAACGCCGUGUGAGAAGCUCAGCAAGCAUCUGGUCUCUCUGCCACCGUCUCUUCAGACCCUCCGUUUGGGCCGCCUGGAAGGCUCAUCCCAUGUCAUCGACAUCUUUGAGCUGUCACAGCUGAGGGAGUUGCAGCUGAGCAGUGCGGAGCAGGUGGAGCGGCUAGAAAUGGGUUUGACACAUGAAGGUCGGGAGCUCCCUAUCCAUCUCACUAUUCUCUCCCACCUGCGCCACUUGGUGAUUUGCGGGGAUGAAGGUUGCUACCUGACGGAGAACUUGGGCGCUGCGUUGCCCCAGCUACGGCAGCUGGAGCUUCUUUCUUGGUCAUCGGAGGAGCUGCCAGGCAGCAUAGUGAAGCUGAGCUCGAUGACGUCAUUCACGAUUGAAGCACCUCGCGUGGUGUCGCUACCUCAAGGCAUGCGGUCCUUGUCUCGGCUGCGCAAACUGGAGCUCAUUUGCUGCAGCGCCUUGCAGCACCUCCCGGAGUGUCUCUCCCAGCUGCACCAGCUCAUACUGCGUGACACCUCCAUCCGCUCUCCUCCUGCGAAUCUCAUGCAGCUGGUGUAA